CCAUAGUGCACUGCGAAGGGUAUGAAAUAACGGCUGGCUGGUGAUAAGACGCGUGCUUCUAAUGUAGCUGCUAUUUAAUACAGUGGUAUAUUUUGGUACAAGGCCUGAACCGGAUUUAGGAGAGGUUUUUUUGGUGGCGUUUAGGUGAAAAAUGAGUGGCUUUGAUUCCUCUGAGGCGCUGCAGGAGCGGUUAGAGACUCUGCAUCAACUGACUGAGUUUACUCAAAACUGUCGGACACAACUGACAGAGCUGUUCGAGGUGCUGGGAUGGAGCUGGGAGAAUUAUUCCUCACAGCAGGACAAGAUGGAGGUGUGCCCCUAUGACCCGAACCACACAGUUCCGUGUAGCAGCAUGGAGAACCACAGAACAACCUGUCUGCUCAGCCAGCUGGGAUACUCCAGAGAAGAACAGGCAGAGAUGUACGAGACAUCAUUCUGCUAUGAGAAGGCCAACAUUCCCAGCAUAAAACUGGAUAAACAUGAACAACAUCAGGUAAUUCUGCAGGCCCGGGCGAGUGCCCCUCCUAUUCAGUCGACAGGAAGUUACUGCCAAAAGGAUUACUCCACUGAGCCUGCAGAUGUGCCUCAGAACCACAAACGAGCAAUAUGUGACCUCACAACGGCUGACCGAUUGGCUCUGUAUGAUCAUGUGAUUCAGGAGGCCAUACAGCAGAGUGCAAAGGCAUCCAACAAUGAGGAUCUCUAUGUGGAUCUUGUGUCCAAGCUUAACAAAGAUGAGGAGAAAAGUGGCCCAAAGUCUCACCUCGAGGUCCUGGCUGAGAUGAGGGACUACAGGAGACGCCGUCAGUCAUACAGAGCCAAAAAUGUUCACAUCACCAAGAAGUCUUACACCGAGAUCAUUCGUGAAGUGAUAGAUGUCCACUCGGGGGAGCUGGCCAAGCUGUGGCAGGAGGAGAGAGAGGAGGAGAGCAAAACUUCACAACACUCCCACAGGAGACUGCCAGAUGAAAGCCGCUCUGCCUCUGUUGAGUCACGCGAAUCUCACGUGAGUUUCAGAGAAGAGAACAGCUCUCACCACAAACGUCACCAAAAACACAGCCGCGAGCACAGCCAGGAAAGAGGCAGCAAAAGCAGAAGGAGGGAUUCCCACUCCCCUGAAGAGAGACAUCACAAGAAAAAGAAGAAGAAAAACAAGUCAUGAAUUGUUUAGUUGGGUUAGCAGUGAUUAGGUCAAAAAUGAGCAUGUAAUGAUUUCAAAUAUUUGAAGAAAACAGUAAUGACAGACCUGCCGUUAAGCUGUAUCAUUUUAUUAUCAGAUUACAAGCUUUUGUUCUUUUACCUUGUUCAGUGUGUACAAUUGAAUUAAAGGAUAUUUCAAUCUUAA